AUGCAGGCGCUUGAUGGAUUGUUAGCAUAUGGCUUGCGAACCUAUGAUGAGCCCUGUGUGCUGAAAUGGCCGUCUCUGGGGACUAACAGAGGAGGUCCUCAGACGGAUGCAAGCAAUGUGGCGCAUCUUGAGGCGCCAAAAGCAAGAGGUCUCACAUGCAUGAGCUAUAAUGUCCUCCUACCCAACAGCAAAGAUGGGUGGUGGAUUUACAAGUAUUAUCGGGAGCCUCACGGGCCGCACACUACCUGGGUCGAGCGCCAGAGCUUGCUCAAGAAGCAGAUUGCCCGCAUCCAGCCUGACGUGCUUUGCUUGCAGGAGGUGUCUGAACUCUCUUUUGAGGAAGACUUCCAGUUCCUUCAGGACUCAGGUUACACAGUCCUACUACACGAGAAGAAGGGCCGGAUGCGUCCCGCGACAUGCUGGAAAGGCAGCUGGCAGCAGAUCGCAGCCCAUCACAAAGACCGCAGCCUCAUAGUGGCACUCCGGAGCAAUGAGCUAGUUAUAUUUGUCAUAAAUGUCCAUCUCACUGCUGGCCCAAGUGCUGACCGAAGGCUGAGGCAAAUGCACGAGGCAUUGGAGACGGUUGAGAAGGAAACAAAAAAGAUGCAGUUGAAGUCGGACCAGGUUGCAGUUCUUGCUUGUGGCGAUUUCAACUCGCAAGGCUGCACCGCUGUCCGAGAGUUGCUUGUCAAUGGUGUUGUGAAUCCCGACUUUCGGGAGUCAGGCGAUCCCACGGAAAAGGGGCAAGAGGGCAAGCAGAUUACGUCAAAAAUCCGGAAGCACGGCCUCUCGCAUUUCCAGGAUGCUGCAGACGUUGCGUUCUCUGGCCGCCCGCCAGCAACAAUUCUCGCUCAGAACAUUGACGACAAGAUGGUGAAUUCUGAUGGAUCGCUUACUGGGGCCAUGACAGCGGCAUUGGAUGCAGCCUUCGACGCUUGCCGAUCGCCCAAUGCCGAGGAAAUGACUGGUACGGAUACAGAGCGAUUCCUGAAGAGGAUCAACCGUGAGCUUGGACGAGGCAGUGAGCAUCGCUUCGUGGAGGCUGCCUUCGAGAAGAGGGGUCAGAGGACGCUGAGUCGUGAGGACUUCCAUGCGCUUUAUGCAGCUGAGUUGGCCGAAGGCAAGUUCUGGGGUGUUGAGCACGACAUGCGCGAAAUCCUUGGCGCUGGCUUGGCUAAGCCUGAGGGUCCUUGCGAAUUGCGCUUCGAUUACAUUUACUUCACCAGACUGAAGCUCCGAAGUGGAGAGGAGCUUCUGAGCCAAGAGCAGCUGAAGAAAAUCUUCGGCCCUCCCUGGGAAACGUUGCCAAACUCCUGGCACCCUUCGGACCACUUGCCCGUUAUUGCCUCCUUUGAUCUCGGCUUGAGCUGA